UGAACCGAGGCUACUUUAUAUUAGUGACCGAUUGGCAAUAAUUAUUAAAAUAGCCAAGAUGCUUUCUCCUGUGAACAAUUCCAUGUUCUGUGUAUUGAUUAUAAUAUCUCUCCUCUCUCUUGUAGAAGUACAUGCACAAGGUGAUCAAAACUCAUCGUUUCUCAAUUUGGAUUCUAUCAGAAGCAAGUCUGUUUUGCUCUAUGAUGAUGAGACGUACCUCAGCCAAUAUCGUUUGUAUCCCAGCUUGACGUUUACCUGCAAUGGAACUAUCGACAAUAUCACUUUUCUGGCCACUUAUCUGAAUGGCACAUUUUCGUUGCCUUUUUCACUUUGGAGCACUGAAGAUAAUUCAACAUGGAUUCGUCAAGGAAGCCGUGUUAGAACACAAGAUCAUCAAUUGCAAUGUAGAGAAGAUGGUGAGCGUUGCAUAUUAUCAUUGUUUGAUGUUAGUUGGAAGUUUGAAGCUGGUUAUCAAUUUGGUGUGCGACUGAAUGGUGGUUCACAAAGGGCGUAUGAGUUGAUACAUUUAUCAGAAGGUGGAUUUAGUCGUUAUACUGGGCUCACGGUGGAACAGCGAUCCAAUACAACUCUCACUUUCAAUGAAAUUGAUGGAGCAGUUCCAUUACUGACCAUUGAAACAGAUCACCCAGAGUGUGUGCAAGGAUUCCUCAGUAAAGAUGUGUUUAUGCAUGCAGCUGCGAUAUUGAAUUAUAAACAAACUAUUAGCAAUUCAAACAAUCAGUUUGAAUUUGAAUUACAGCGGUGUUCAUGCCUUGCCCAAGUUACCGAUUUACUGUUCGCAGGCAGUUUUGAUCCUGCAGUGUCCACAACAAACUUGACUAUAAAUUUGACCAUUAUUGAUUCUAAUACAUCUGAAACUGUUGCAGCUUUCAGCCUCUCUGAUCAAACUGUUCAAAUGACAAACACACUCAACAUAUUUAAAUAUGUAUUAAAUUUUUCACACACUAAAGUGAAUUUUGUUGAACUACAAACUCGAAAUGUUUCUGUUGAAAUUACUCUUGAUGGUGGUAUUAUUCCAUCAUCUUCCGUAGUGCCUGUUUGCUGCGCACAAGAUAGUGAGUAUUUGAUAUUCACAUCUCUCUUCAUUGACAACAUCGAAAAGGAAGUUUCAAUUGAAAGAUUGCUUCUUUUCCCUGACAUGACAUUUCAAGCCUCAGGGAAUAUAUCGCUGUGGACAUUUACUGCAAGAAGAGAUACCUCAAGUGAAGAAUCAAGUGAAAUCGAGUUCCUAGUUUGGAGACCCUCUAUAAAUUGCGACACUAUGAAUACAGAAUACGAACUAGUUGGUAGUAAUGCCGUCACAGAUGCUAAGCCCACAGAAUUCCUGAAUGUGUAUGAAUACAGUGUUCCUCAGAGUAAUCAGAUUCAAGUCCAAGAGGGUGAUGUGUUUGCAGUGUUUCAGUCUGGUGGGGAUGCUUUCUCUCCGGUUUUUGUGACUGAUAUCGGACAUUUGUAUUAUAAACCACAACUGAAUCUUAUGAACAGGAAUAGAGAGAAAAUGGAGUUUGUGUCUAGUGGUCACUACUUGUUUCCAAUGGUCAGUUCCAUUAUGACAAUGACAGGUGGUGAUCAUAUAGGUGGUGAUCCUAUUAGAAGCAACUCUACAAAUAACUGUACUGAUGAGACCACGAUGCCUAGUGAGACCACGAUGGAUAGUGAAACAAACCUAAUUAGGAUUGGUUUUCUAUGUGGGGCUGCAGGCUUUGUUGUUUUAUUGAUCAUCGUCGUUGUAUUGGUGAUUCUUCUGAGGAAGAGCAGGAAGCAAGCCAAGAUAAACCUCAACCAUGCUCCUGUGGCAAUACCAAGUGAUCGUUAUAUUGACACUCUUGUUGUAACGAACGGAACCGCUAGCGACAACUAUGAAACCAUCCCUCCACCUCUUCCGACUCGCAAUGAAGCUCACUAUGAUGCGGUGGAACUGGACAUGAAAGAUGGCCCUCAAUCUCCCGGAAUCAACCAGCUCAAGGAGAUGGAUUCCCCGGUACUAGAGUAUACGUAUGUCCCGGUCCCAUCUGAUUUCCAAAGCUUUGUCGCUGCACCUUCCAAACUUGAAUCGAAUCAAAAUAAAGAUAGUGUGGACUCGGAAUCAAAGGCUAACGGGACAGAAGGUGGCACGCCCUCAGGCACAGACCCUGAUGGCUAUGCUAGCUUUGAUUUGGAGAUCUUUGUACCUACGUUGAAACAACGAGUGGAGGCCCAUGCCAAAACAACCACUAACGAGUCCGCUGGUAUUUAUGCAACACUCGGAGAGAGUAUGUAUUCGCGCCUUGGUAAAUCUCAAGUGACAUUCUUCGAGGAUAUAAAGGAAUUUUGGACUCCGUCAGACGAUCAGGAAGGUUUGUACGAGCAGCUGUCCAGUAACAAGUAUCGGGAAAUACCUCGGCAAAGAGUGGAGAUCAAGGAUCUGAUUGGCUCCGGGGAAUUUGGCAACGUCAAUAAGGGGGUGUGGCAUCUUCCAGGGUGUGGGGCAAAUCGUACGGUGGCAAUUAAGACUCUCCGAGACGGAACAGAAGAGGAACAGAAAUUGAAGUUUAUUCAAGAGGCCGCCAUUAACGGGCAAUUCCACCAUCAGAAUAUCGUGAAACUAUACGGAGUGGUCACACUGGGAGAGCCGGUGCUGAUUGUGCUGGAGCAUAUGGUGAAUGGAGAUCUGAGAAGUCAUUUGCAACAAAUGAAUCCACUCCCACCCCCCACUGAAGAAUCCCACUCAAGCACGCCUCUCGUUCUUCUCCGGUUCUCCAAGCAGGUGGCGGCUGGUAUGGCAUACCUCUCUAGCAAGCACUACGUUCAUCGUGACCUUGCCGCCAGAAACAUCCUGGUCUCCUCCGAGGGUAACUGUAAGAUUAGUGAUUUUGGUAUGUCCAGAGAACUGGAGGAGAACCCGUACUACGUAUCCCACGGAGGGAAGGUGCCAGUCAAAUGGACCGCUCCUGAGGCUAUUCGGUACAAGAAGUACUCGACCAAGAGCGAUGUCUGGAGUUUCGGUGCCGUGCUGUAUGAGAUUUGGAGUGUUGGAAAGAAGCCCUUCCAAGAUUUCACCGCAAUUGAGGCUAUCCGGAAAGUGACUGCAGGCUACAGACUGCCACCUCCCCCAGGCUGCCCCAGAGAGAUCUACCGAAUAAUGAUUCAGUGCUGGGAUCCAGACAAGAGCUCUAGACCUACAUUCCCACAACUGAGCCAAGAGCUAUCACAAAAUCCUCACUCUACUGGCCUCCUAAAAGUGGGAGGGGACAAUACCAACAAGCCACACCCACAAGCUGACGUGCUAGGGGCACCUUUGGAAGCUGGACACAGUCUCUAUACAAACUUGCAACAUUCGUACCACACACCCAGUGAAUAACUUUUAUUACUUAUUACAACGUACAGUAGUACGUAUUAAUGACAACAAUAAAUUAGAAAUUGAA